AUGUCCCUAGUGCCUUUCACAGUUACCAUUCAUUCUUGGCCUUUCUUAUAUAGAAAUCUCUCCAUCCACAGCGCUGAGACUGUGUUCCUUGUCGGCCUUCAUGGCACUGAGGUCACCACAGACACCAAAAAAAACACUUCUGCCCUGUCAGAUAUAGAUAAUCAGAAGCUCGAGGAGACAUCCCUUCUUAUGACUCAUAAGGACAUCAACAAUGGUCUUGGUCCUCUAUUUGCCGCCGUCAAAUUCCUCUGCUACCGCAAUGAUGACCGAACCAAGAAGCCAGCAUUUCUGCGGAUGUAUCAACAAAUGUCUAUCGCCGGCACCGAUUUCCCAAUCUCCAGAACUUGA